UCAUCUCAACUUCACAGCUCUCAAACCAACACCAGACACCAUGGCCUGCUGCGCUACUAGCUUCUGUGGCUUUCCCACAUGCACCACUGGUGGCACCUGUGGCUCUAGCUGCUGCCAGCCCAGCUGCUGCCAGCCCAGCUGUUGCCAGCCCAGCUGCUCCCAGUCCAGCUGUUGCCAGCCCAGCUGCUGCCAGCCCAGCUGCUGUGGAACUGGCAGUGGCCAGGAGGGUGGCAGUGGAGGCGUGAGCUGCCGCGUUAGAUGGUGCCGCCCAGACUGCCGCGUGGAGGGCACCUGCCUGCCCCCCUGCUGCGUGGUGAGCUGCACACCCCCAACCUGCUGCCAGCUGCACCAUGCCCAGGCCUCCUGUUGCCGCCCCUCCUACUGUGGACAGUCCUGCUGCCGUCCAGCCUGCUGCUGCUACUGCUGCCCGCCCACCUGCUCUGAGCCCAGCUGUUGAAAAUCUUCUGACAAGAAUCCUGAGAGGAUGACACUUCAAAAUGAACCAGCUAUAACCCUAGAAACCUUCAGUAUUGAUAACUCAGCUACUGUCCCAGCUACAGAAUUUUCCAGGAGGUAAAGUCAUUUGCUGUGAAAGAGCCAACGUCUCUGCUGGCUUGAACACCGACAAACGCCCUACAAUGUGGAGAGGGGGGGUGUAAUACAUCACCAUAAGUAUCACCAGAAAUACUUCAGUAGCUUAUUGGGACUUGUACUUAAUAAAAAGUAUUUGAUCUCUUCAAUGGUAA